AUGCCCCGCAAACUCUCCAAACAAGCCUCCUUCACAUCUCCCUCCUCCACCACCCUCUCCUCAACCCUCACCACAUCAACAACCUCCCAGAUCCCCUCCUCACUAACCGACCCGACCCUACCGCUCCCCAAACUCAUCGUCUUCGACCUCGACUACACCCUCUGGCCCUUCUGGGUAGACACCCACGUCCUCGGGCCCCUCAAGCCCAACACCACCCACUCCCUCGCCACCGACCGCAAAGGCGAAGACUUCGCCUUCUACACCGACGUCCCCUACAUCCUGCAACUCCUCCCGCACGCUGUAUCCGACGCCAACGCCCCCAUAAAGCUGGGCAUCGCGUCUCGAACUCACGCGCCAAGCAUCGCAAAGGAUCUCUUGAGGAUGCUGCAUCUGCCGCCGACAGAGGACGGUGACAAGCCGAGGAAGGCGGUGGAUGUUUUUGAUGGCGGCAUGGAGAUCUACCCGGGGAGCAAGGUGAAGCAUAUUGAGGCGUUGCAUAAGCGAACGGGCGUCAAGUAUGAGGAUAUUUUGUUCUUUGACGAUGAGAGUCGGAAUCAGGAGACGGAGAGUUUGGGGAUUACGAUGAGGUUGGUUAGGGAUGGGGUUUGUUGGGCGGAGAUUGAGAAGGGGGUGGAGGAGUGGAGGAGACGGAGGGGGUUUGGGAAGAUGGCUUGA